CCCCGCCAAUCCCCCUCUCUCUUUCUCUGCUUCACUUGAAAACAUUUUUCACAUCAUUUUCUCUUGGACAUUUUUACAAACAUUUGGUGCGCAAGUUCUGUGCAUAAGUUUCUACAGAUAAGAAACGUUUCGUGUUUUCUAACCAGAAUGGCAAGACCACAACAGAGGUUUCGGGGCGUUCGUCAAAGGCAUUGGGGUUCGUGGGUGUCUGAAAUUCGUCACCCCAUUUUGAAAACGCGUAUUUGGUUGGGGACAUUUGAAACGGCAGAGGAUGCAGCUCGGGCCUACGAUGAAGCGGCCCGACUAAUGUGUGGGCCAAGGGCCCGGACCAACUUCCCUUACAACCCAAAUGCUCCUCAAACUUCAUCAUCCAAACUACUUUCAGCUACUCUAACUGCCAAGCUUCACCGAUGCUAUAUGGCCUCAUUGCAAGUAACUAAGAACUCGGCAAUGCAGGCGCAACAAAGGGGGCCCGGCCCGCAAUUCUCAGGGACCGGCAAUGUCGUUGGCCCUAAAUUUGGGGAGACAUGUGCUUGGUCCCCUGAAUACGGGUCAACGGAUGGACUAGUGUUACCUAAUCCAGAACCUAACUGGACAAUGAAGGUCGAGAAUGCCCAACUUGAACCACAAUGCCACUUUACUAUGUUAGAAGAUGAUCAUAUUGAGCAAAUGAUUGAAGAGUUGCUUGAUUAUGGCUCAAUUGAGAUUGCCAUUUGAUUGGUGAAUUUAAUUACACUUGCUAAGUCGGGCUCGUUUCAUUAAUUAAUCACUUAAUUGGCAUUAGUUAGUAGUCAAUUACUAUUAUAGUGCCCGGGAAGGCACUUUUGGACCUGAAUUGGGAGAGAGUUCGGCAGUUCGCAGCCAACCGGCCCAUUUAUAUACUCCGUAUUUCGUACAUUCCUUUGGCCACAUUUUCCAUUAUUUAUCUAGACUUGGUUAGUUCCAUAAUUAUCUUAUUAGUGUCAUUAUGUACUGAUUUUAACCCAUUUUUAUCGGUCGACAUGAUAUAUGUCACAAAUAUUUCCAUUUUAAGUGUUUAUUUUCAAAUUACUUAGCUAUUAGAGGUCAAAGGACUCGUAUGUAUAGUCAUAUAGUGUACUCUUAAGUACUUCGUAUUACGUACUUCUUACUCCGUAUAUGAUAUAUAUUAUUAUAUGUAUAAUAAAGAAGUGCAUUGAGCACAAAUUAAUCCAA